AUGUCCGUCAAUCGAACGUUAUUAGAUGAUCUCUUAUUAGCUGCUGAGCAGCUAACUCCUAUCAGCAAUGUAACAGCUCUUUCAAACUUAUCAAACGAUGAUUUGCUAACGAUGGAAGGCAGCGGAGUAGAGGAUGAUUUCAUCAAGCCGUCCAGCUUUCCCAAAAUCAUAUCUAAUGAUAGCUCAUUAGUCACUACUAGACCAAUAGUAAAUCUGGAAAAAGUCAUUAGAUUCAUAGAUGCGAAUAGUUGGAUCAUCUAUACAGCAGUUGGUCUUCUGACAUUCGCUAUUGUAGCGGUAAUCGUUCUAAUUAUAAUAUGUUUAUGUAAAAACAAACAACGUGUUAUACGACAACAUGAUGAUCCUAUACUUACGAGCGCCUAUGAGGAUCAAUCAUCCUGGUGUUACAGAAAAUGUUGUUGUGUAACGAAGAAAGAAGAGAGUUUGGGUGCUCGACAGAAUUCAGCAUCUAAUCUUGACCCAUAUCGACGACAACCAAUUCAACCGAUCGCCCAGGGCUCAAAUGGAACUUUCAUGAAUGGCUUCCACAUUCUUGAUCCUGAUAAUUCGCAAUUUGAUAAAUACAACGCAACAAACAUAAAGACGAUCAAAGGAGUUCGAGAAUACUCUUUACGAGCUGAACAGUAUCGUCAGCUGCCGGAUCCUCCGACAUCACAAACUGACAUAUCAACAUCAUCUUCUUAG